AAUUCGAUGCGCAUUGGAUCAGAGUAUCCUGUGUUUUUAUUCUUUCGCUUUCAAGGCGUUCAUGUGCUCAGAAAUUGAGGACAUAUGUUGGUAGCAUUGAAGUUGAGUCAGCUGGGACAAAAUAUGACAGUUCAGACGUACAGGUAAACUGAAUUUUGUUGCAGUAUUCAAUUUAUAUUGACAGUGUUAGUCUAGAAAUUAUCAAUAUAACGUGAGAUGAAAAGCAAGUGAACUAUUGUUCUGGACGUGUCUUCCUAUCAAUUAUGUGUGCUCUGCCUGAAUACAGUUGUGUUGCAUCAAAUCAAAAUCAACUUCCUGACAACACUGUAUUGAACAUGGCAUUAAUGCAUUCGUUAAAUUGUACAUCUGACCAACCAUGCGAUUGUAGUAAUGCAAAUAUCAAAAUGUCUAAAUCAAUGGAUGAGCCUGGAAGUACAUCAGUAUAUUCUGCCAAUGCAUCUGCAGAUGCACCAAAUGUAUUUGAGAACACUGAAAGUAUGAAUGAUAAGAAAUCCCUGUAUAAAUCCAAGGCUUGUAAAUAUUCAUUCAUUGCAUCUGAUUAUACUUCUCCUGAGGGGCAAAAACUGCUUAAUAUAAAAAUUUAUCAGAAACCUCCAGAACCAGAUUCUUCCAAAGGAAAAAGCUUCAUGUCGAAAAGAUCUAUAUCAGAAUAUUUUUUAAGUAAAAAUGCACCUGAGAAAGAUAAUCAAGAUGAAAAGGGCAAAGAUAAUAGCUUAUUAAAAUCCUGGCAACGAAACUUGUUCAAACCUCAGAUUCUGAUGUCUCAGCAUAUUGAAGAAAAUAUCAACUGUGAUACAGCUAACAUGUCUUUUCAAGGCUCUAAACGAGAUCCUACUUUACUGAGUUGUAUGGCUAUGAGUGAUCUUGCCCAACCUUCUUAUAAAAAUAGCUUUUCUUCUCAACAACAAAUGCCAGGUAUAUUACUAGAUUGCGAACCUGGUACUUCUGAAAAUAUGGAUGAAAAAAAUUAUCAAAAUGGAACAUUAGAUGAUAAAAGUUCAUAUAGAAGCAGUUUAAAUCCAAAUGUCAAUUUCAAAGUUUUUGACAUAGAAUCUCUGAGUGAAGCUGGAGAACCUGGGGAUAAUGUUUCACAGGAAAAUAAUGUCCAUUAUGGGUUAGAUGAUGCAUGGUUUAUACCUAGUGCACGACACACUUUCAGUGGAGCAGAUAUUUCAGGCUCUGCAUCUGCAGCCCAGCUCAGUAUUGCCAGUAGUUUUGGAGACAGUAGUAUGCCUAUUUGCAAAAUUUGUCAUACGGCUGCUAAGCCUGAAGAUCCUUUGAUAUCACCUUGCCGUUGUACUGGUACUCUAAGGUACAUACAUUGUGGCUGCUUGAUGAAAUGGCUUGAAAUUUGUAAUAAAAGAUCUAGAAAGCCUCCAACCUGCGAAUUGUGCAAGUAUCAAUUUCACUGGCAUAAGAAAUUUAAGGUUGGUCACUGGCAGUUUCCUCAUUGCUCCUGGCAAGAUAAAAUAUUACACACAGUCUUCCUUAUAUCGGUUUUGAUUAUGAUUGGUUGUGCUGUUGUUACAGUAAUGUGUUUCAAACAACAUAGGGGUGCCAAGGCAGAAAUAACACAUUUGGAAUUGACCCAAUCAGAAAUUAUAACUUUAAUAUGUGGAGCAUUGUUUUUUCUUGCAUUCUUUUUAGCCAUGUAUGUAGAAAUUAAAGCCAGAAAUACUAUCUAUAAGCUCAUGCUCAAGUUCAUAUAUUUGAAUCAACAAUGGUAUAUUGAUGAAUAUGAUAAGAAAAAGGAAAAUUCAGCUAUUGAUGUAUAAAACUUUUUUUCUUCAUAUGUGUACAAAAAAUGUAAAUACCUGCACAGAAUUAUUAAUUGUCUGCCAUUUUCUGAAACAUGGUCUUGUAAAUACAUCUAUUUUUGAACACACAUUGUACAGGACCUUUCUGUAUACUAAUGUUAAUUAUAGUGGCAAAUAUUAAGCUUUUUAUAUGCUAUUAUUUUAACAAUUACAGUGUUUUAACCCCCCAUGGAUAAACACUUCUCUUUAAGGUUGACAAAUUGCUUGUGCUAGUAUUUUAUACUUUUUGUACAGAUUUUUGUAAUGUAAUUUUUUACUUAAUUAUUUUUUGGAUUUGCUGGCAAUAUGCUUGCAUGGCAUAAAUCAGUAUUUGAAUUUAAUAUUAAUGCAGUAUUUUUUUAUUUUUUCUGUGAUGUUUGAACUGUUAUAUGAAGUAGAAAGGUUUUUGUAAAUGUAUGUACGAAGUUCACUGGUAAUUUCACCAUGGUGUUAUGCUUACUUGAUACAAUUGAGGAAAUCAAGUAAAUUUGUUGUUUCAUUAAAAUUGCUCAAUGAAUGCAAAAAUCGUCUUUCCUAUUCUACUGCGUUUCAAUAUAUGAAAAUAAAGAGGGAAAGAACAUGAAAAACUGAGUGAAUAAAAGUUUGAGUAUAGACUUGUGGAAAGGCUAAAAGUAUAGGCCAGUUUGCCUUUUCUAAAUGGUUUUAAUUGUGUUCAUAUAUGAAAAUACCUUGUUAUCUUUUAAUCCAAGCAUCUGAAAUGCACUAAGAAACUUCAUGUUUGUUAUUUUUUGAUAUAUUAAUAAGUAGUUAGUUGUAUUUUUUUUUGUUAUUUAUUUAAUUCAUUGCAAGGCAUUUCUAAUAAUACCUUGUGGUGUUUAAACAUUUUGAAAUCUCAAAUAUCUAUAAACCAUUUGUAUAUGUGUUCAGUCUUCUUCAUGGAUAAAGUUUAAGAAAGUAUUGCAUUCACUUACAGUUAAAGGAGCUAUUUGGAUGAGAUUAUGUUCAAUUAUAUAUAUACAUAUAUAUCAUAAAAUCAUAUCGCAAGAUAACUGACCAUCCUCGAUUUUUAUGUUUUAAUUGGACAAAUGAAAAAGUAGGAAUCAUACAGAACCUGAAGAAAAAUAAAGUCCAGUUUUUAUCUUUGAAACUUGUUGGAAGUGAAAACAUGUUUUUUGUGUUAAAAGAAAAACUCUCCUUAUUCUGGAAAAAGAUAAUUUUGAAGCAUUUCUCAAACAAAAAAAUUAACCUGCAUUAUUAUUUUAUUUUAUUAUUAUUAUUUUUUUUUUUUGCUAAUUUCCCCACUUCAGUUAUGUAACAUAAAUCAUGACAUCUUUUUUAAAAUAGUUUUCUAUUAAAUUGGAGAGUUAAUCUAGUCACCAUAUUAUGCAAUCCUCUCCUACUUAUUUGAAUUACUAUUUAUGUAGAAUGUUUUUUAGAUGCAUUCAAUACUUUUCAGUUUUGGUUUGUUUCAGCAAUAAUCAGACUGUUCCAUUCAUUUUUAUGUAUUACUUCUUGCAAUUUAAUUUGGCAAUAUAUGAACGUAGAUGAAAGUAUCUAAGAAUUUUAUAUCUUUUUUUUAUGAAUGAAUUCCUAUUUUUUUAAAACCUUGUUCUAUUAAUCCUUUAUAGCUGCAUGACUUGAACUAUAAAAUUGAUAUGUCAAAUUAUUAACAGUAGGAUAUUCCACAAGUAGAGUUUAUUCUGGGUGAGUCUUAAAUUCUAAAAGAACAUUGCAAGGAAAUUUAUAAAUAGAAAAAGUAGAGAAAUUCUUCGUUAUUUGAUAUUUUAUCACAAAUGAGAUUACAUUUUAUUUACUAGUUCAAAAGUACCUUAGUUACCUACUUCUAUAUGGUAUAAUAAAAACAGUGCUUUGUGCAUGGGGGACAAAAUCUUUAUGGGGCUUUAAAAAUUAUUACAGACUUUUGAAAAUAAUUACAAACUUUGCAAAUUCUUGUAGAAAGCAUUAAAUUUUGUUUGAUAAAUAUAUCUUUUGAAAUAAAGUUAUCUACUAAUUAUAAAUUUUGUUCAAUCUCUGGAAAUAAGUGCUUCUUUUCUAAUUUAUUGCUUUAUCAAUUAAAAUGAUUUUGUAUUUGAUAUGCAUAUAAUAUAUAUUUUUAAAAAACUGCAUGAAAAUAAAUACUUUGAACCAUUUGAAGAAAAAUAUAUGGCUUAAAAUGAAGUCGUAGUUUGGUUUUUUUAGCACUUCCAACAACAACAAAAAAGAAUCAGUUGUAUCAAUAUUUAAUAUCUUUGCUUUAUUCUUAAUCUCGAAAGUGCAGAACAUUUCUUAUUUUGAUCACUCUUUUAAAUGUUCAAGAAUCACUUAUAUUGGUAAGAUGCAUUUUAUUGCAAAAUAAUCUUUAGUUUGUCAUAUUUAGCUUACUAAAGAAUCUAAUGUUGUUCUAUAAGAUAAUAAAAUUAAUUAUUGUAAUUUUACAAUAUUUUGGUUUAAGUAUAUAUAUAUCCUUUUGAAGAAAACUGCCUCAAAAAGGGUAUUCAUUUUCGUAGAUAUUCCAAGUUUUCAGAUAUGCCAUUUCCAUAUAAAUUCAGUCUUUGUGAAAACAUUUUUAUUUUUACGAAUUUAUAUGGCAUAAGUUUCAAUGCUAGAAUGUAAUAUAGUGUAUUAUUUGGCUGAAAAGUCCCCUCCUCUUAGUAUUAUCGUCGUUUAUGAUGUAAAAAUUUAAUAUUUCCUAGUGAUAUUUUUUCUAAAUUACUACCUAAAAUAUUUCCAGAUUUUGUAUUACAGCAGUAUCUUAGUUAUUUUAAUACCUUGCUAUCAAAAAUUAUUUGUUUUCCUUUUUAUUGAAAUAAUAAUUUUGACUAUUCUAAUAAUAAUAAUAAGCUUUUCUCAGUAUUAAUUGGCUGUUGUUGAAGUUGUUUGUCAAUACAUUUGAAAGAAGGUGUAUGAUGUAAUGCUUGAGACUAUCUACAUUUCAUUAGUUAACUUUCUUACAUUAAUUAUGUAAGAUGCAUUUUUAGCUAAAUGUUAUGUCCUGCCUUUGAUUUUAAGGCCAUUUUUUUAUCAUACACUGAUAAAUAUUAGUUAGAAAUGAAAUGAAAUUAUAUAUUAAAAGGAAAUAUAUAAUAAGAAUUAGAUUACUUAAGUCAUUUUUUUGGCAGUAUAUAUAUUUAUAUGUAUUUUUUACUCUAAAGAAAUUUUGAAUAUUCAUGCUUUUUAAUAAAUUUUUAGAUUAUUUUUAAUUAGUAAUUCUUAAAGUAUUGAUUUUCUUUGCAUACACUUUGUUGUGUAAAAAGAUAAUUGCUUGAUCUGGAUAUAGCUGGUUGGGUGUUUUUAGGAUUAAAAGUAGCAUAUCAGAAUGUUUUAUUAUUUUUUUUUCGUUAUGUGAAAAUUCUAAUAAGGUGCUGAAUUAAGAAUGCUGUAUAUUGUAAGAAAGAGAUAUUUAAAUAGGAAAUAAGGUUUUAUAUUUGUCUGUUUAUGAGGGGUAUUUAAGAAUUUUAGAUUGAAUCAAGUCAAUACUGAAACUAUUUAAUCUUUCUUCAUUUCUUUGUAUUAAUUAUAUUUUUCAUUUAUUCAUUAGGUUUAUACUUGGGUGUGGUAGAUAUAUCAUCAUCAUUCACUAGUCACUUUUAAUAUAUAGAAUUUUUUAUUCAUACAUUUAAAGAGUUGUAAUAGAUGAUUUUUAUACAAUUUAAUCAUUAUGAUCGUAAAAUUGAUUUAACAUUCUGUAUUAGUAUGUAGCUGCUGCCUUAUAAAAGGAAAAUGUUCAUGAACAAACCUAGAGAUAUUGUUCAUAACUUUCGGUAAUGAAUGCAGUAUGCAAAUCUAUGCAUAUUUGUGUGCAAAUCAUGGGCAAAAAAAUGGAUUUGCUCUUUUUAUCUAUAGUUAAUUUAUUUUAUCACUUUGCCUAGUUUUUAUCAAUAAAAAUUUAAAAUACUUUCAAAGUCAAUAUGAAUGCAUUUGUACAGCAUUAUGUUUUUAUGGCUGUUGAAAAGAACUUAAAUGUUUUCCAAAACUAAUAUAUGUGCCUUAUUCUACUUUACCCUGAUUCUUUCCCUAUACUACAUACAAUGAUUUCAUUUUAUGUAAACUCAUUAUGCAUCAAUUGUAUCAAACCUCUUAAGUUUUGUAUUUAUUAUCAUGAAAGCUGAAAUCUAUAAAUUUGUUCGACUAAACUUUAUAAUAUAUUAAAAUAUAUUUUAGCAAAAUUAUGUUUUAUAUAAUCAUGGAUGUUUUAAGAGUUAUUCAUUUCAUAAUGUAAAAUCAGAUCUUAUUUAAUUUUCUUAUAAUUCGACUUACCACUACUCCUUGAAUAGAGAGUUCUCAAUUAAUUGCAUUGUAACUUAAAAUAAAAAUCUAGAGAAGUAAAUUUUAUUACAUUACAACAUAGUAAAAUUAAAAAACUAAGUCAUGAAAGUGAUUGGAUGGGCUUCAAAAGUGAGAACAUUCAGGUUAUUAGUGAAAUUAUUUUUUCUCCUUUUUCAGAUAUUAAAAUCUUGCAUGUUAACAACAUAUGGAACAAACUAUAUGGUGAAUGAGAUUAUGGUUCAUUUAAUAUCUAUAAAAUAUUUAUUAUAAAGUAUUUAUUUUUAUUUACAUCAUAUGUAUCAGAGUUCAAUAAUGUUUGAUAUACUUAUAGGUAUUUUAUUUUAUGCAGUUUUAUAUGAAACUCUAAAAAAAGAAACUAUCUAUGCUAUUUUUAGUAUAUAUUUCAUGACAUUUUAAUUGAAAAAAUGUAGUUAGCCUUUAUGCUUUACAUAUUUUACAUAUUCAGCUAGAGCAAAAUGUAAAAAAAAGAGAAAAAUGUAUGUGUUGUUGUUUUGCAUUUUAUAUACAACUACAACACACACACACACAUAUAUAAUGAUUUUUAUAAAUUGUUAUAAUCCAUAACUUGUGCAUUUCUGUAAACAAAUUUAUUAAUGUGAAUCGAAUAUAAAAUUGUCCGUAUAAAUGAAACCCUAUAAAUAUAGUUAGGGUAUAGUUGGCUGUGACAAAACUUAAUAGGACUUGUCAAAAAUGUAUAAGCCUUUUCAGAUAUUUUCAUUAGAGAAUUUCAAUUUUCAAAUAAUAGCUAGGCAAGAAAAAAAAUUCUGUAUGUAGCAAAUAAAAUGAAAAUGUUUUUCUGGUAAAUUUAAAAUUCUUUUAAAUUGCUGCUCAAAGGGAGGGAUGGAGAUUGCCUAGUUUUAAAUUUAUAAGAGUUUGAAGUAGAAAUGAUUGCAGUUCUGUAUUGUAUAAUAUUUUAAGUUCAUGUAUGUUAGUUGAAAUUGAAUGCCUUCUGAAUUUUCAAAAGUUUUUCUUUUUUCUCAUUUCAAAAUAUUGUGUGAUUAUAUUCCAGUGUAAUCUGAUUUUUUCUGAAUGUUAUAUUUCAACUAUUAAUAAAAUUUUAGAUCUAA